AUGGCGCUGGAGAUGUACGGCUACACCCCGCGGUCCCGCAAGUCACCGCAGCUCGUAGCGGCGUGGAUCUCGGUGCUCCUGCUCAUCUUCUUCAUGACGUGGUAUCUCACCGCCGGGAUCGAGGGCGAGCCGAGAACGAUUGAGAUCCAGGGCGCCAAGUUCCGCAAGGUCCCGGACGUCAUCGAGUUCGUGAGAACAUAG